GCCCUAGAGCACGAUACCCUAUGAUCAUCAAAAGUGUAUCUCCAAUCUUCUGGGAAGGAACGUUUCAAAAAAAAGGUCAGCCACGGUGAAGGAGGCAGGCGUUAGCUUUGUAGGUGAAUCAACCAGUCAAUAUUGUAAAUAGUCCAUCAAAUUUAGAUGGCCUCAGCCUUUUCGACAGUACCAAGUACAACAUCAGGGUGGACUAAAUUGACUUCUAUUUCAUGAUCUUGGACCUCUCUUGGAGAAAACUCAUAGAUAAAGAAUCCCACGAGAACCAACAACACAAUGUAUCCCAUCAACUUCUUCAUCGGGGUGGUGAAGAAGUUCCGGGCGUCAUAGGACCCAGUCUUUCUUUUAGGCUUGAGAUCGUAAGGACGUGGAAGAGAGCCUUGCAUUUUGGAAUUGUUAUAGCGUGGGCAGCUAGUACGACUCUGGUGAACCGCUCGAUUCUUUUUGUAGAUGUCAGCGUAAGCGCUGUCCUGUACGUGAUGGUUCUUGGGAGCCAGACUCGGUCCAGUCCUUAUCACGUGAUAGAAGUAGCAGUCGGGACUGAAGGGGACAUUUUAAUCAAUAUCGUGGAAGGGCUAAGUCACCAUCAACCCGAGCCCAAAAGCCUUAAAUUAAGGAAUAGCUUCGGCAUAGAACUCCCUAAGUUUUACGAAAGGUGACACGUCAACUAGUGCUACUCUGCAGCAUUUUUUUUUCGUAUUUACCAA